AUGAUUGCUCGCCAAGGAGAGGACUCGAAUGCGCUGGUCGCACCAAAGGAUACUGUCGAGCAGGAAACAACGCCUCUGCUGGACCAGGAGGCCAAUGCCGGGGAAGUCGAUACUCAGGAAUCACAAGGGCAAGACUCGACAGCAGGGAGCCCACAAAAUGAACGACCCGCACGCUCUAUCUUUGGCAUUAUCUCGGUCCUCCUGAUCGGUGUUUUUGUCUCUCAAGCCGAUACGACUCUAGUGUUUGCGACAUAUGCACAUAUCACUUCUGAGUUCAUUCGCCUAGGAGGCGGCAAUUGGAUCGAUGGCAGUUGGAUAGUAACGAGUUUUGGUCUGGCCACUUGCGCAACUCAACCAAUGUACGGACGGCUAUCACAGAUCUUCGGAAGGAAGCCAAUCUUGCAGUUGUCAUAUGUUCUGUUCCUGACUGGCACUGCUAUCGCUGGAAUUGCUCAGAAUAUGAUUCAGAUGAUUAUUGGACGUGUCAUCCAAGGCGCUGGAAGUGCUGGUAUGGUCUCCAUGGUUUCCAUCUUGUUGACUGAUCUUGUACCACUGCAUGAGGUUGCGGCAUACAGAAGUUAUGUCAACGUCUUUUCAACUGUAGGUAGAAGUUGUGGUGGUCUUAUAGGAGGUUUUUUGACACAGACCAUUGGUUGGCGAUGGGCCUUCAUUGGGCAAUGUCCGCUUUUACUUCUCUCCAUCGUGCUGGUCUGGUGGAGACUUGAGGAACCACAAAGAAACGAUGAACUCAAGCAAAGCAUCUGGACGAAGCUCAAACGGAUUGAUUUUGUCGGCGCUUUCUUCAUGUCAAUUGCCAUCCUAGCAAGCAUCACGGCAUUCGAUCUUGGCAGCAAACAGGCCAGUACUCCUGUUCUUGUCACCUUGGUUGCGGUUGCCGUUGCUGCUUGGGUUCUUUUUGCCCUCGCAGAGAAGUUCUGGGCCAACGAACCGAUAUUCCCAUUGGAAUUGCUGGGCAAAGAUGCAGUGAUCACCUCUUACACAAUCAUCUUCAUUCAGACUGGUAUUCAAGUUUCUCUCAUGUUUUUGGUGCCGUUAUACUUCCAGGUCACUGCUAAUGCAAGCAUGGGUGAAGCUGGUGCUCACCUUGUUCCCGCUGUGUUUGGCAAUACACUUGGUGGCCUUGCUGUCGGUGCUUGGAUAAAGCGCACCGGUCGCUACAAGCCUCCGACAAUCCUAGCAAGUCUAUCCGCUAUGCUCUGCUUUUCCUUGCUUUUGGUCCUCUGGCACGGUCACACCAGCACAGCUGCAUCACUAGUCAUCUUCUUCGGCGGCUGCGGAUCGGGCAUGGCCAAUUCUGCAGUCUUUGUUGCUUUGACUGCUGGACUUGAGAAAGAGCAGAUCGCCAUUGCGACUACAGGACUAUACCUCAGCUCCAGCAUCAGUGUCGUUGCUGGCGUCAGUGCUGCAAGUGCCAUUUUCCGAUCUGCUUUACGUUCGAAUCUCCACAGGAUGUUGGGCAGAGUUGUUGGUGGUGAUAAGAUCGCGAGAAAGGUGUUGUCAGAUGUUGCUUAUGUGCAUACUUUGCAUGGUCAUCUUCGACGUAUGGUUGUCCGUGCCUUCGUCAUGAGUUUCAGGAGGACGUUCGCUGUUCAGAUUGCUUUGGCAAGUAUGGCGCUGGUAAUCGGUAUACUGUCUAAGCAAAGGAAGAUUACUUGCUAG